CCAUCCAAAUUGUCAAUAAUUAAUUCAAUUGUCAAAAUAAUCUGCUUAAACUUGAAAGUGCUUGUUAGUUGUUAGAAAAGUCAACGGAUUGAGUAUUAUUUGUUUGUUUGGGUUUAUUUAUGACAACAGUAAAAAAAUAUGGAUUUGUCAAUUUCUGCCAGUUUUGAGUAGCCUAGCUUAGAUUCUUCAAUUUGUCUAAACUUUAUAUUAGUCCAAGCAUAGUCCAAGAAAAUGGAAGACGAAGCAGUUGUUAACAACCCGACCAAUACGCUGCAAUCCAAGCAAUCUACAUGCUCAGACAUAACUGAAAUCUCUUCAAUGACCGAAGAUGAAACCAAUCACUUUCAAACUGUUGUUUCUUUCAUCAAGAGGGAUUUAGUGGCUGCAGACUUGAAAUGGAGCUUAUUUGUAGCCGCCAGUCAGAGUUACAAGCAUGACUCCUGCCUACGACCGUAUCCACCGAUGUUUGUCAAAGAUGGAAACAAAGAUUUUGGUGGUUUGAUGAAUGCUAUUGAGUCUAUACCUGCUUUCCAUCACCUAGAAUCUUCUAUCUUGGCAAAACCAGCCGUUCUACUUUUGUACUGGGUGUUGUUGGAACUUAAAGAACCUUCACUGUCAACCGUGAACCAAUCAGAGGUAGAUGAAGUUUUACAAUUGGUCUCGUGUGAGCUGGCGCCUCCUCGUCCUUCGUUGGUAGUUAGGUUAAGUUACGAGGGGUCAGCAAGUGAGCGAAGAUGGCAGAAGGAGGAGGAACGUCAUGGUUCUCUGUACGCUUUCCACGGCAGCCGAGUGGAUAAUUUCCACUCAAUCCUCCAUCAUGGAUUACAGCAGCAUUUAACAAAGAACGCCCUGUUUGGGCAGGGAGUGUACUUCUCCAGUGAGCUGCUGGUGUGUCUGCCCUACAGCAGGACAGGGUUGUUAUGGAAGCACAGCUGUCUAGGGUCUGCUUGCAGCGUCGUUGCUAUGUGUCAAAUCAUUGACCACCCAACCAUUCUUUGCCAGAACGAGCAAGCUAGUGAAGAGAACAAGUCACGGGCUAGAGCACAGGACAGCCUAGCUGGGGAGGUUCCUCACAAGCUGUACGUGGUGCCUAACAGUGACCUAAUACAAGUGAGGUACUUGCUGGUGUACACAGAAAAGUCCAACUCCUCCCCCAGCCAAAGUGAAGAGAACAAGUCACGGGCUAGAGCGCAGGACAGCCUAGCUGGGGAGGUUCCUCACAAGCUGUACGUUGUUCCUAACAGUGACCUAAUACAAGUGAGGUACUUGCUGGUGUACACAGAAAAGUCCAACUCCUCCCCCAGCCAAAGUGAAGAGAACAAGUCACGGGCUAGAGCGCAGGACAGCCUAGCUGGGGAGGUUCCUCACAAGCUGUACGUGGUGCCUAACAGUGACCUAAUACAAGUGAGGUACUUGCUGGUGUACACAGAAAAGUCCAACUCCUCCCCCAGCCAAAGAUUAACCCAAAGAAACUCUGGCUUGCUGUCAUGGCUGGGCCGACACAAGAUGGCCGCCUCGUUGGCUACGUACGCUGUCGUACUUGUGGCCGUCGGACUUUCUAGGAGUCCCACCUUUCUAAGACUAUGGCAAGACAUUUGUCGAACAAUCGGUAUUCGAUAAUCAUAAGCGUCGCUUUAUAUCCAUUCCAAAUUUACUUGUAUAUCCAAUAUUUGUGAUAGUAGUUUUAGUUGAAAUUCUUUGUUAUUUGUAUUACACAAUUUUUUUUAUGUUUAUGUUCCUUAUCGCUUUAUUGAGUUUUGGAAAGAUAGAAAUCGAUAUACCAAUUAAGAUGCUAGGAAUAAAAAUUAAAAUAUCAAAUAGUAACUUUUAGAAAAGCUGAGCAUAAUGUUUACUGAUACAUCUAUGUUGAUUGGCUCAAUAUGAGGUGAUCAUAAUAGAUCGCAAUAGAUCAUAUUGCUAGCUACUUUUAUCAUCCAAAAUUGGGAUCCUAUCUGUUCCACCUCUAAGGUUUGGUAAAGACUGUCUAAGUUAAGGUUUAACAGGGUAUCUACUUUACUGUCAUGCUAAAACAGGCCAGUUAUGAUCUUAGACAAACUGUUUCAAUUAAUGUGAUCUAUAGAAACCGUGACCCAAAAAUAAAACUACCUUUCCUUUAUUAAAAAAAACCACAAUCUUUGCCUAGAGCCAUUACCCAAACUCAACUUUUUACUGCAGAAUUAUGCUCUGCAGUUGGAAUCAUUAAAACUUAAUAUCAAAUUCUUUGUCAGAGACAUAAUCUUUUGUCUAUGGUUUAUAUAUUUUUUACAUGUAUGGUAUAUAAUAAAAAUACAAGUGCGUGUAAAUUAUUUUUAUAACAUUUACAAUAUUUUAUAAUUUUGUACAUAUUUUUUUGUGACCCAGUGAUAAUCUUACAUUAAUGUGCAUUACUAACUACUUUAAUGCUAAAGUAACAAAAUGAAAGUAAAGUAAAAUGUAAAACAUACUCCUUUAUACAUUUUUAUUUUAAAGGGAAACCAAUUUCCUGAUAUUGAGUUUUCUCUUCAACGUACUCUGGAGAAGUCCUAUCUCAGGACGAAAUAUCAGUGUUAUGUUUUGUGUUCACCCCUGGUCUCUAUAAUUUUCUCAGGUAAUUUAGCUGAACUAUAUUACUUUUCCAAAAAUAGCUUUAUAUAGGCUAUAUUUUUUAAUUCUCAUGUAUCAAAUACAAUGUUUAUGCCUGGUUAACUUAUUGUGUUGAUAGCCUACUUUACUAUUUUUAGAAUUUGUUUCUUUUUUUCAAUUAUAACUAAGUAGAAUAUUACAUUUAUAAGCUACUGCUUGUACUCUAGUACUACAACAAAAUAGUUUAUUGCUCACUUCAACUUUACCAUAACACGAGAGAGAAUCAUUUCGCCAACAUCAACAUGAUCAAAUGUGAUGUGGCCUUGACAAACAUUAAAACUAGACAGAUUUCACACUACCAUUAAAUAUAUAUUUGUAAAAGUUAAUAGUGAAACCAAAGACGUGAUCUCAAAAAGCAAAUAAGUGAAAAAAACAUGUAGAUGGAAGUUUGAAUAACUAAGAUACAUUUAUAUAUUAUUACGUGAAUAAUUAUUAUCUUUUAUCAGUAGAUUAUUGUUUAGUAAAUAAUAGCAUUAGAUGUAUUAAGGGAUUAUUGAAAUAUACUGUAUAGUUGACUAGUAUGAAAGACAUUUGGUGCCUCAUAUAGGCAGUAAAAUAAUGAUUGAUUAUUGUUUAGUUUUGUUGUAAAUAUAAUGAAAUU